AUGCUAGGCCUUCUCGAGAACGGAGCCGGCACAUCGCCUCUUGUCGACAAUCGAAUCAAGGUGGACGAAGAUCUUUUACGGAAAUUCAAAUGUGAUCAGUGCGGGAAAGCGUUUAAAUUCAAGCAUCAUCUCAAGGAGCACAUCAGGAUUCAUUCGGGAGAGAAACCGUUUCAAUGUCCAUCUUGUCAAAAGCGUUUCUCGCACUCUGGCUCCUACUCAUCGCACAUGAGCAGCAAGAAAUGCACCCCAGGCCUCGGAUCUCCUUCACCCAAUCACACCAUUCAACCAAUCCUCCCGACAUCUCCGUCAACGUCUCUCUUUGCGGCCAGUGAUCAGUUGGCCCUCUACCGGAAUCUAUUCCUCCAGCUACAGGCUCAACAAUUGGCCUCAGCUUUGCCCCAAACGAUGCCCACCAGCCCGUACCUGAGCCUUUUUCAGGCAGCAACGGCCACCGUCCAAACCCCAACCGACACUCAAUCCCUGCUUGCCGCUUAUUUGAACUCAGCAACGGCACAGGCGAGCCCAGCUGAAUCCGAAGAAACGCAAGAAGGGUUGAUUGUUUCCAAAAAUGUUGAUGAAGAGAUAAAAGAGAAAUUCGAGAGGAUCAGUGAGAACGAGGAGAUCGACAAGCUGAAGAAAGAAGAGCUGGAGAUGGACGAGGGGAAGACCGAGAACAUUAUGCAACAGGAGAAGAAAAUUGAUCAGAUUUUCUCGUUGAAUCUGACCACAGACGAUGCUCAGCAAAGGAAUGGAGAUCCCAGUUGGAGACCGAUGCGAUCAAGAUCUUUUCUCACCGAUGCUCAGGUGGCAAUCCUGCAGAAUCACUUCCAGAGGAAUCCUUUCCCUUCAAAGUACGAGCUCUCGGCGGUGGCCGAGCAAAUUGGAGUCAACAAACGGGUUGUGCAGGUUUGGUUCCAAAACACACGGGCCAAGGAGAGGCGAAGCAAUCGAUCGUUCGCUGAUCGAAGCAAGACUCGCGGUGAUUUUGGAGUCUCACCAUUGGCAAACGGUGCUUUGAAGCUCAUGGCCACAUGGUUUCAACACACGAAGAAUGUCGCUGAGAGUCAGGAUGAACUGAUGAGUGAUGAUGGAAAAGAAUCGGAAGAAGGCGUCGAAACACCGCUGGAUCUGUCACUGAGAGAAGAUGAUGAAAUGAUAAAAGAAGAUAAAGAAAAGGAAGAGAUCAUUCCAUCAGAAAGAGAGAUUCCACAAACAUCCACAGCUCUUGAGGCUUUCAUCGAACAACAAGCGCAUGCGGUUAGAAAAGCGCUACAGGAAGCGGCUGAAAGGAAAGCCGAUCUGUGCACCCCUCCACCACCCCCGCAAAGUCAUUCACCUCUCUCAUCCUCAUCUCCAGCUGCUAGCUCAGCUUCUUCUGGAAUUUGGCCCACAAAUCUUUUCCUCUCACAAUACUCGAUGCUCGGCACAAAUGGAUUAGCGGAUUUGCAAAAAGUUCUUGAUAGAGGCGAAGUCGGUUCGCGGUCUCCAUCGCCGCAGAAGUCGGGUGGAGUCUCGUCGACGACAGGAAUCGAUGAGAUGAACGGCGUCGAGGGUGGCCUUUUCUCCUGUGAUCGAUGCGAUAAAGUCUUUGGGAAACAAUCGUCACUCAAUCGGCACAAAUACGAGCACUCUGGUCAACGCCCGUACAAAUGUGAUACUUGUGAGAAGGCGUUUAAACAUAAACAUCAUCUCACCGAACACAAAAGACUUCACUCUGGGGAGAAACCGUUUGAGUGUGCCAAAUGUCACAAGCGCUUCUCUCAUUCCGGCUCCUACAGUCAACAUAUGAGUCAUCGAUAUUCAUAUUGCAAGCCAUUCCUCAAGACACAGGAAAGCAGAAAUGAGGUGGAUAUUGAAGAGGAAAAGGAAGAACAAAAAGAAGAACAAAUCGAUGAGGAAAAGGCUCAAUUGUUGAUGAAUCCG